AGUGCCGUUCCCUGGCUCAACAAGCGAGGCAAUAUUCGUAACCUGCUCUUCCCCGUACCGUACCAGGCGCCCAGCGAGUUGCGUCGCCAUGGUCCUCAGCAAGGUCGCAGCGGCCACGCUUGCCCUCCCGCUUGCUGCGCUCGGCUUGCACGCGCGUUCGGACCCGGUCGCCCAGUUCGCCCAGGCGGACGGCGAGCUCACCGCGGUGCAGGGCGCGGACUCCGAAUGGUGGCCCAAGCUGCGCCGCGCCAAGCACACGUCUGGUCCGUAUGCCGAGCAGGAGGCCGAGCCUCAGAGCCGCAUGGCCGUGCUGAUCUCUGGAGCCCUCGAGAGCUUGAUUCUCACGCCGUUGCUGUCCAACGUGGUCCACGCCAACGUCCUCAACGGCCUGCAAGUCGACCUCUUCUUCAGCCUGGUGGCGCCUGUGAAAGGCAUGAAGCCCUCGGUGGCUUCCGAUCCCAAGAUCGCAAACCUCUUGCGGAACUUCGAUGAGGUGAGUUACCACGGCAAGCUGAUGGACCUCGUCUGCGAUCUCGCCAAGAGGCAGGGUGCGACCCACUGCGUGUGGAGCCUCGAGAAGGACGAUGCAGUGCGCGCGCCGAAGAACUCGACCUACCGCAAGAUCAUGACGCAGGUCCCGCUCAUGAGCGACACGGGCCUGGAGACGAUCGCGAACUGGCGCUCGCACUCCGCCAUGCUGGGCCGCGUGCGCGACAUGGAGGGCGACGACGAGUACGACGCCGUCAUGGUCACCCGGGCCAACGGCUACUGGAUGGCCCCGCGCGUCGUGAACAUCGAGGACUUCCAGGCGGACCCCCUGCACCUGUCCACCAUGCCCUGCCUCGACGAGACUGGCAUCAACGACAACGCCGCGAUCAUGGGCCGCGAGGCAGCCGACCUCAUGCUGGGUGCCUUCGAGGCCUGGCAACGGGGCGACGAGUACCUGCAUGGCACGCGCACCGCCGAGGAGGUCUGGUUCCGCAUGGCCUCGCACGGGGGGCUCAGCAUCGUGCCCGAGCCGAUGUACACGGCCCAGGCGCUGUACACGGCGAGCGGACUCCCUUGCUUUCAGGAGUCCACCUUCAACGUGAACAGCGAGCAGCAGCGGCUCGAGCAGUGUUUCGCCGAGAGCGCGGGCGAGGCGCCGAUGGCGAGCCUCUUCAGUGCGUUCAGCUGCGAGACCAUGGACCCCAACUUCUUCGACCUGUUGUGGCCGCAGCAGGUAAGCAGGCUGCACCAGAUGAUUGCCGACAUCACGAACCGCAACGAGAGCAACGCCAUCGUCCUCACGGUGAUCGACCAUGACGAGGUCGAGCUGGCAGUGAAGAUGCUCACCAGCUUGCAGGAGGCCGGAGGAGACGCCAAGAGCGUCGUCGUCGGCACCUCUGCUGGCGUCUGCAAGGCCCUGGCCAACACCGCUGGCGUGGCCGGCCACAAGUGCUUCGUCGUGGUGCCCGCCCAGGACGUGCGCCUCAGCGUCUUCAAGCAUGCCAUCCUCACGACGGUGGCCGCGGCGGGCCUGAGCGACAAGAUCGUGUACGCGUCGCCCCGGGCCACGUUCAAGCGCUCGCUGGCCUCCCAGCUCGCGGCGUCCAACAAGCGCAUCCUCUUCGGCAAGAGCACCGCGUCGGCGCAGAGCUGCACUGCAGAAGCUGGGAGCGUGGGCGAGAUCGACGGGUGCCCCGGGUGCCAGACGGACGCCCCCGGCGUCCUCUACCUGUCGGACGCCCCGGAGGUCACCGACAUGCUCCUGCGCGCGUGGCAGCAGAUGUCGGAGUCCAAGAGCGUGUCCCAGGGAGAGGCGCU